AGUAGUCAACGUUGAACGAGAAAUUGGGUGGGUAUAAAAGUUCUCGACAUGGUCGGUGGUAGCAUCAGUCACCCAUUGACAGCUCGACAAUCGUUCCGCUAAACACUUAGAACCAACUUUUUAAUUAAAAUGAACUGCUUUUUGGUUACUAUGGUUGCUUUGAUCGCCAUCUCAGCCACGCUCGUUGUCGCUCACGAACACCAUCAUUUCGUUCCGCACUACCACUUCGAAUAUGGGGUCCAUGAUCCACACACCCACGACGUCAAGGAGCAGCACGAACACCGAGAUGGACACCACGUGCAUGGAGGGUACACCAUGAAAGAAGCGGACGGUACAAAGAGGGUGGUAGAGUACACAUCCGGUCCCCACGAAGGCUUCCAAGCCGUCGUCAAGAGAAUCGGCCAUGCCCAGCAUCCGGCCCAUGGUCACGAGCAUCCCACGAGCUACGUGGGAGUAACCCAUUGGGGUCACGGAUCUGGUCGUUAAAAGUGGGGCGGUUUAAAAUUCGGUUGUUGUAAACUAUUGAGGAUGAUUUGUUGAAAAAUACACCCAAUAAAAAAAUAAAUUU